UCAGAUCACAGCUCACAGACUCUCAGUGCACACCACUCUCACCUGGAGGAUUGAUCCCAGAUAUGAGGCUCUGUCUCUGGGCUGGAGCCCACUGUCUCCUGCCUGCCCUGGUUCUUCUUACGAUCCUAAAUGUCAAAGCGGACCAGAAUCAACCCAAAGAGAGACACUACUACAUCGCUGCUGUGGAGAUAGACUGGAACUACUCUGGCAAUGACACAAACAGGUUUGGUCCCACCUAUAAGAAAGUGGUCUUCCGGGAAUAUGACCGCGACUUCAGACGAGCUAAGACUCAUCCAGCUUGGUUAGGUCUGCUGGGACCCACGCUGAGGGCGGAGGAGGGAGAGACGAUUGUGGUCACUUUCCGAAACAUGGCGACUGGAGCAUACAGCAUUCACCCGCAUGGGGUGGCCUACGGGAAACAGUCAGAAGGAGCCAGCUACUUUGACAACACAUCGCUGAAAGAAAAAGAGGAUGACAUCGUACAACCUAAUGGUGAACAUGUUUACUAUUGGGAGGUGACACCAGGGGUUUCUCCACAGCCAGAUGACCCCACCUGUCUCACCUACACCUACAUCUCCCAUCAAAACGUGGUGCAAGACUACAACUCUGGCCUCAUUGGUACUUUGCUCAUCUGCAAACCUGGCAGUCUGGAUGAGUCGGGGAAGCAGGUGGGCGUCCACCAAGAGUACGUGUUCCUGUUUGGGGUUUUUGAUGAGAAUGAGAGCAUGUACAGUCCAAGCGGUCACGCCCCAGAUGAGCAUGUAAAAUACACCAUCAAUGGAUACACAAAGGGAUCCCUGCCUGAUGUCAGGAUGUGCGCUUAUACCUCUGUGAGCCUGCAUCUGGUGGGUAUGAGCUCAGAACCAGAGCUGUUCUCGGUGCACAUGAACGGACAAGUUCUGACUCAGACCGGCCACAAAGUGUCAUCAGUGGGGCUGAUCAGUGGAUCCACGGCUACUGCCAGCACGGUGCCGCUUCACCCAGGCCGGUGGCUGCUCUCCUCACACACCAUCAAGCACAUGGAAGUGGGCCUGCAUGGUUUUGUGGAUGUUAAGGAGUGUGACGGCUUUGAGAGACCUACACGGAAGAUGACUAUCGCACAAAAACGACAAAGCACAGAGUGGACGUACUAUAUCGCUGCUGAGGAAGUUGUCUGGGACUACUCCCCCAACAUGCCGGACCAUAUAGACCAAGACUUCAAGCAGCAGUACCUGAGGCGUUCGUCAACACGUAUAGGAGGAAGGUACAAGAAGGCAGUGUACACUCAGUACAAAAAUGAGUCAUUCACUGAAAGGAUGGAGAACAAUAAAAGGAAAAGUGAACUUGGGAUUUUGGGUCCAGUGAUCAGAGCACAAGUCAGAGAUGUCAUCAAGAUUGUUUUUAAAAACAUGGCCUCUAGGCCGUACAGUAUCUACCCUCAUGGACUGGCAAUAGAAAAGUCAGAGGAGGGAGUCAACUAUCCAGAUGGAGGAAAUCAUUCUCAUGGUGUUCAGCCAGGUGAAACUCAUACCUAUGAGUGGAAAGUGCUAGAAGAGAAUGAACCGUUGGGUGGAGAUGCUCGAUGUCUAACAAGAAUGUACCACAGUGCAGUGAACACACCACGUGACAUCGCCUCGGGACUCAUAGGACCCAUCCUCAUCUGCAAGAGUCAGUCCCUCAACGUCAGGAAUGUACAGCUGAAAGCAGACAAGGAGCAGCAUGCUGCCUUUGCUGUGUUCGAUGAAAACCAGAGCUGGUACCUGGACGAUAACAUUCGCCAGUAUUGUGACCGAUCUCAAGUCAACAAAGCUGACCCAGAUUUUUACCAGUCUAAUGUCAUGCACACAAUUAAUGGUUAUUCCUUUGAGAGUGGACCACUUUUGGGCUUCUGCAAUGGUGAAGUUGCAACCUGGCAUGUGUCUAGCAUUGGAGCUCAAGACUUCAUUCAGACUGCAACCUUCUACGGCCACCCAUUCGAGCUGAAUGACAGGACAGAAGACUUUCUCAGCCUCUACCCAAUGACUGGAGAGACCAUCACUAUGAACAUGGACAACAUUGGUUAUUGGCUUUUAGCAUCCCUGAAUACCCAUGAGACAACAAGAGGAGUACGUGUUAAGUUUCGAGAUGUUAAAUGUUUUCGUGACUACCAAUAUGAGUAUGAGAGUGAAGAUUCUACAUCAAACGAAUUUACUGUGUGGAAGCCUGCAACCUUGGAUGCUAUAAAAAAGGAAGAGGCCACACCGGCACCUACAAAAGAAAUCCCAGUGGUAGUAGAUACUUAUACCGAAAUAUUUGCAGAUGAAUUGGGUCUCAGAUCUCUGAAAAACAAGUCCAUUGGCUCAGAUGUGGAGCACCUAGACCUCUCUUUUCUUGAUUAUGAUGUAAUCGAUGUGCAAGAUGGCGAUGUGAAAAGCAGUCUAAAUUCUUUGGAGAUAAAAACUAAAACUGAACCCUCUCAAAAUCCAGAUGCACUAAAUGAAACACAGCAUUCAAACUGGAAAAAGUUAAAUGGCACUAAUCAUGAAGGCUCUAAUUAUGUCUCUGACUCACUGAACCGAACCGUUUACAAUGCUACAGCAUCAGUUGCUGGAAAUGUAUCUGCAGACACCACCAAUCUUACUGCGACAUUACAAGAAAUAGGCAAUCUAACAGUGCCGUUGCAGGGUACCAAUCUGACAAUACUUUUACAAGAAACAACCAAUCUUACAAUAACACUGCCAGGAAAUUCAAACUCCAUGUCAAAAAAUGAAACUGUCAAUGUAACCCUACUCAGUGAUGGCCUUACUUCUGUGGACGUAGUCAUUGCUGAAGACUCUGAAGAAAAACGCACUAGAGGAGAUGUGUUUGCUUACGAUGUGCCUCCGUCCAAGCCUGACAGUCUGAACAAUACCUCAAACAGCAGUGUAUUCAAUGCCACUCUGGAUACAAUGAUGGAGGACUGGAAUAAUACAGCAGAAAAACAUGUUAACAUGUCAGAUUUUGGAACAAACCACUCCUUAUCUAUUCCACAAUUUGAUGUUGAUGAGGUUAACGUCAGCAGUACAGACACACACAAUCUCACCAUUGCUGAGCCAGUUGCUGAGAACACAGGCAACAAUGGCAGUAAACCUGCCAUCGCUGCUGAUGCUGAACAUUCCUCUGAAGUUGUGACUGUUUCAGCUAAUUCCAGCCUUGAAAAUGCCACCCAUGUUCUGCUCAAAACUGGACUGUUACCAGAUAUAACCGUGAAUGUAUCCGGGUCAGAUCUAUCAAGUAGGAGUAGCUCAGAGAGUGAAGAAAAUGUCACAGCGAUUCUUGGCAAGUUAAACAAAACAUCUUCAGUGGAAAGUGUUUCCAAGAUACAUGAAGUUUCAUCCAACAUGUCCCUCUCUGGUGGUACAGUAAAACAAAGCAGUUCAGAGAAGUUAGGUGCUUCAGACAGCAGUGAAGAAGUCUUUAUAUACCUUAAAGAAAACAAAACAGAGGCUAUUAAAACAUCCUCCUUCAAACCACAAGGCCAUAACUGGACCUAUGAUGGAGCUCACUACAUGGUACCUGAGGAAAUUCCUGACCACAUCAAGAAAUACUUUGAGGAAGAGACCCCUCCAACUCCACCUCAAAAAAGAACCAAGAAGGUGACUCUCAGAAAAAGACCCAAGAAAGGCCAAGGUAUGAAAACAAAAAGGAGGAAGCAAUACAAACCUCAAGCCAGGAGUGGUCUACCGUUCUCCCCGCGUGGAUUUCACCCAGGAAUGACCCCUCGUGGGUCACGGCCCCUUUCCCCACAGCCCGUUUCUGAUGAAGAGAAUCUGAGUAACGCAUCUGUGAUCAUUGGCAUACCCCGACAUGAUUUCAGCGACUACCAGCUGUUUGUUCCUGGAAAUGAACCAGGUCAUCUAGAUCCGAAUGACCAAGAUGUGAUCGCUAACGAAUAUGAGUUUGUGAUGUACAAAGACCCCUACAGUAGCAACGAUGAUAUCAAGAAUCUCAACCUGGAUGAGAUCACCAAAUACUACUUAGAGUUAUCGGGCCCAGAUGUCAAAACUUACUUUAUUGCUGCAGAGGAGGUUGAGUGGGACUAUGCUGGCUACGGGCAAAGGAGGCAAGAAAAGACACUACUUAACAGUCGAGAAACUAAAUUCACCAAGGUGGUUUUCCGGAGUUACUUGGAUGGUAGCUUCAGCACCCCUGACAUCCGUGGGGAGUUGGACGAGCAUUUAGGAAUCCUGGGUCCUGUUAUCAAGGCAGAGGUUGGACAAAGCAUUAUGGUGGUGUUCAGGAAUAAUGCCAACCGUCCGUACUCUAUUCACCCCAAUGGGGUUUCCUAUACGAAGCAGUUUGAGGGUCUAUCCUAUGAAGAUGACUCCAGGUACUGGUUUAAAUAUGACAAUGAGGUUCAACCCAAUACCACCUACACGUAUUCAUGGAAAGUCAGCCCUAUGGUUGGACCGUCCCCAGGAGAGUCGAACUGUCGGACAUGGGCCUACUACUCAGGUGUCAAUCCUGAGAAGGAUAUCCAUUCUGGUUUGAUUGGGCCUUUAUUGGUGUGUCGAGGGGGGACCCUGAACAACAGCUUGCCAAACUCAAGGGACUUUAUGCUACUUUUCAUGACGUUUGAUGAGUCGCAGAGUUGGUACUACGAAAAGAACCGCGAACUGAUGCAAAGGAAGAGUCGAAAGCAAGCUCUGAGUGCCAACCACAAGGACAACCUCAAGUUCCACUCCAUUAAUGGAAUUAUAUUCAGCCUGAAGGGGCUGAGGAUGUACACCAACCAACUUGUGCGCUGGCACUUAAUCAACAUGGGCUCCCCUACAGAAUUUCACAGUGUCCACUUCCACGGGCAGACAUUUAUUCACAAGAAGACCAAAAGCUACAGACAGGCUGUCUACCCUCUGCUUCCUGGGGGGUUUGCAACUUUGGAGAUGUAUCCAUCCAAACCUGGCCUCUGGCAGCUGGAAACAGAAGUUGGCUUCCACCAAAAGAAGGGCAUGCAGACCCUCUUUCUGGUUCUAGAUAAUGAGUGCUACCGUCCCCUGGGCCUUGAGUCUGGCAGUGUGGAUAAUGACCACAUCACAGCAAUCAACACGAGAGGCUACUGGGAGCCCCAUCUUGCCAGGCUGAACAAUCAAGGAAAAUACAACGCAUGGAGCACAGAGACAAACAACAGCUGGAUUCAGGUGGACUUCCAGCGUCCUGUUGUGAUCAGCCAGGUGGCCACUCAGGGAGCUAAACAGAUGUUCCAGUCCCAGUAUGUUAAAAAUUACUUAAUCUCAUACAGCAAUGACCGUCGAAAAUGGAUCUAUUACAAAGGCAACAGCAAUGACUUCUGGAAGAUAUUCCCUGGAAACAAGGAGGCCUAUGAGACCAAGGUAAAUACCUUCUUCCCUCCUGUGAUUGGACGGUUCAUUAGGCUCCACCCUCUCACCUGGUACAGCACGGCAACAGUCCGAAUGGAGUUCUACGGCUGUGAGCUUGAUGGCUGCUCGGUGCCUCUGGGGAUGGAGACCAGACAGAUACAGGACCAUCAGAUCACAGCCAGCUCCAUAGGCAACAGCUGGUUUGGUGGAUCAUGGAACCCUUCGCUGGCUCGCCUCAACCUACAAGGCACCAUCAAUGCAUGGAGGCCUAAGCACAGUGACAUGAACCAAUGGCUUCAGAUAGAACUGCCCAAGAUCAAGAAGAUCACCGGCAUCAUAACGCAGGGAGCCAAGUCUAUGGGGAAGGAGAUGUACGUCAUCUCUUACACUCUGCUGUACAGUGACAACGGAAUACACUGGACGCGUUACACAGACGAUGAGGAACAACCUGUUAAGAUCUUCCUUGGAAACACAAACAACAACGAUCAUGUGAAAAACUACAUCUAUCCUCCCAUCUUUUCUCGCUUCAUACGAAUCAUCCCCCAAUCCUGGAUGGGCUCGAUCACCAUGAGAGUAGAGCUACUGGGCUGUGACUUUGAGUGAUGGAUAUUUAUACUUUAUAGGAAGACAGGUUAGGUCAGCCAUGUCAAUAAACACAUAUGAAACUACAGUACAGGUCCAGACAUAAGCACUUCCCACCUCACAUAUACAGCCAUGCUGAAACUAUAUUACAUGCAUGAAUAUAUCAAGUCACAGAUCAGAGGCUUUUUAUAGAAGUUAACUGCUACAUGAACCUAGAAAUGUGCCACUAGGAAAUGUGAUAUUCUCUUUUUGUUGGGUUUGCAUGUUGCACUUAAGUGAGAUGUGAAAAGUUAUACAAAUAUUUUAAGGUUAAAUGAUCUAUAAAUCCAUAUGAGGAAUUUGAACCACUAGUUGUAUUUGAUUUUUUUUUAUAUCAGUUGCACUUGAAAAUUGAUUUAUGUAAAUAUGUAAGUAUAGAUAAUGCAAUUUAUUUUUUAAUAAAUAUGAUUCCAUCCUUCUCACCCAG